ACGAACCACCAUCGCGAACAUUGUCACUUUGCGCUUCAACCCGCGUCGUCGUCGAUCCCACCCAUACAAGUAGUCGUUGCUCGAGGGGCACAAUAUAACGCUGAGAAAGAGGACCGAAAUCGCGGUUUCAAACAGAAAAAAAAGCAACCAUGGUUCACAGAAUGGUCUUCUGGGCCGGCUUCGGCUUGGCUACCCGCGCCUGGUCAUUGGGCAUCGAGCGACGACCCAUCCUCGGCAGGUCUACCCUCUGGGGCUACCCCGUCUUCGCGGCCAUCGGUGCCAGCUUCGGCUAUUGGGUUCAGGGAGUGGACGAGCGACAGCAAGCUAUACUUCAGGAGCGCAAGCAGGCCAUUCUCGACAAGAGGGCGCGGAGGGCGGCGCGGCAGCAGGAGCAGGCCCACGGUGAACCCGAGGCGGCGGCGCAUUAAAAGGGCUGAUACGGAUUCUCAAAGCUCCCGGUAAAACGGUACGGGGCGAGGGAGAAGGAUAACCGACAUUGAUGGACGCCGAAUUGGGAUGGGGAAGUCUGAGAGUGGGACCUCAUGGAAUCACAGUACACUGGGGAAGAGAGAAAGAGGGACGCAAGGGCAGGUAGAUAGAUGGGCAGGAAAGGGAACCCACAGGACCUUUACGGCACGCCCAGCCAUCGAAGAAGAGAAGUCAGCACAUGAUAGACAUGCUACAGGCAGACACAGCAAGCAGGUAAACAAGUGUCUUGACAGUCGAGCUCAUUUGAAUUCAA